AUAUCUCACGGUUCAUAUGAAGCCGAGGGCUGAUCUUCGAAGCAAACGAGAAAAUGGCUUCUUGUUCUUCUUCUACGAAGUUGCUUCGACUCAGAGGGCUGGUUUCCAGAGCUCUCAAACCCCCUUCAUCUUCUUCAUCUACGAUCAACAAAUCGUUUCUAUGUUCUUCUGCGUACCUUCUAGAAGCUUCCAAGUGUGCUCGCAGACCCUCUCUCUCACCCCCUUCUAGAAGCUUCUGCUCUCGCCCCCUCAACCUCGAUGUCGGCGAAGGCCCUGCGACCAUCGAUUACCAUUGUGUACUGCAGGAGGAUGACUUUCACAACCUAGCUGAUUCCACAAUACAUGGUCUGCUAGAGAAAUUAGAGGAAUAUGGGGAUUCUGUCGAUAUUGAUGGUUUCGAUAUAGAUUAUGGGAACCAGGUUUUAACAAUGAAGCUUGGGGCUUCGGGCACCUAUGUAUUGAACAAACAAACACCUAAUAGACAAAUCUGGCUGUCUUCCCCUGUAAGUGGUCCAUCAAGGUUUGAUUGGGAUCAAGAUGCUCAAGCUUGGGUUUAUAGGCGGACUAAAGCAAAUUUGUCGAAAGUUUUAGAAAGCGAGUUGGAGCAUUUGUGUGGCCAACCCAUCAAUCUUUCUUAAAACUCUUGCAAUUGCUGACAUAUGGUUGAAAGUUUCUUCUUGGAUUUUCACAUUGGUGGGUUGUGAUUUGGUCACAUUGACUGGUGGUAUGUAUUAUUGCUCUUUUUUCUGUAUUCAAUUUGUGGUAACAAUGGAUUCCAUUUUAGCCCUUUCUUGGAUUCCAUUUUAGUCUUUCUACACAACGAUCUUACUUUAGGAGCUAUUAAUUUAUUGAAAAUAACUGUACACUUGUUUGUGUUGUAGACAACCCUAGCUGACCCUACUCGUGUAUGAGACACAAUCUUUUGUUUGAUAGGUUCUAUUUGGGUAAAUUACAAUAAACCCCCUUGAACUAUGAUCAUUUUUUA